CGAGCUUCCUGUGUGGUGAGAUCUCAAUCAGAAGUCAAUUCGAUUCGGUUUUACCGCCUCUCCUCCGCGAGUAGGACGGGCUUAUCACGGCAAUACACAACUGUUUCAGUGACUGAACGAUGGCAGUGAACCUAAGCAAAAACGGCAUUGCCCUGACAAAUGCCUACAAGGAGGUGGUAGAUGAGAAAUCCAACACCAAUUGGGCAUUGUACACCUACGAGGGGAACACUAAUGAUAUCCGAUUGGCAGAGAAGGGAGAUGGUGGACUGGAGGAACUGGUGGAGGAACUUAGCAGCGGGAAAAUUAUGUACGCGUUCUGUCGUGUCCAGGACCCAAACUCUGGCCUGUGCAAAUACGUCCUCAUCAACUGGACUGGAGAAGGUGUGAAAGAUGCCCGCAAAGGACUAUGUGCCAAUCAUGUCAGCUCCAUGGCAAAUUUUCUCAAGGGUGCCCAUGUCACAAUAAAUGCCCGUGCAGAGGAGGAUGUGGAACCUGAGGCUAUUAUGCAAAAGGUGGGCAAGGCCUCGGGGGCCAACUAUAGCUUCCACAAAGAGUCCAACAAGUUCCGAGACGCUGGUCCCCAGGGACCUGUGGGCUCUGUCUAUCAGAAGACCAACGCUAUGUCUGAAAUCAAACGCACCAAUAAAGACAACUUCUGGGCGCAGGCAGAGAAAGAUGAGGAGAAGCGGCGACAGGAGGAGCGCUGUAAGGCAGACGAGGAGCGCCAGAAGCUGGAGAAAGACAGGAAGGAUCGAGAGGCCAAGGAGGCAACUCUCAGAGAGAAGAGAGACAAGGAAAGGGCCUCUAUGAUCGACCAGCAGAAGAAGUACCAGCAGCAGCAGGAAGCUGAGAGCAGAGAAGAUGAGAAACAACAAUGGGAGGAGCAGGAGAAGGACUUCCAGGCAACUCAGAAGAAAGGGAUGAAGCGUGGUGAAUCUGUGGAGAAAGCCAAUGAGGCAGCCAAUCUGAUCUCACAGCGCUCUAUGAACCCCAGAGAGAUGUUCAAGCAGAGAGAGAAGGGCAUGGACACCCCUGCUGCUACCCACGCCACUGCCAGCCCCCAGCCAGAACCCAGUGUGGAUGAGCUCGUUGUGGAUGAGUCAUCCCAGUCUGAGUGCUUGGAUGAGCAGGAUGCAACCCCUGUUCAGGAUGCAGUCCCUGAGGAACAGUGGCAAGAUGAAGUGAAGGCACCAGCUCCUCCCACUCAGCACAACCAUCCCACAGAGCCAGCCCAAAAUGAUCUCUAUGAGGAGCCCCCACAGCACCCCUUGUUGUUCCCUCAGGUGGAAGAGAACACAUUUGAGGUGCCUGCAGGGGAGAAGACGGACCGAGGUGUCUGUGCCAGGGCUCUAUACGACUACCAGGCUGCUGAUGACACAGAGAUCUCCUUCGAUCCUGAUGACAUCAUCACUGGCAUCGAGAUGAUUGACGAGGGCUGGUGGCGGGGCUACAGCCCAGACGGGCAUUUUGGAAUGUUCCCAGCCAAUUACGUGGAGGUUAUUUAGGUCCAUACCUCGCCCACUCACUAGAUCAGCAUAUUGGAGGCAGAAUAGAAAAGACCCCCCCCAGAAGAAUUUGUCAGUAGGAAAACUGCUUGGUCCAGAACACAGCAGGUCAGAAGUAACUCAACAGUGGACCCUUUAGAAUUAUUUGCUGAACUGAAUCUGCCACAUUAUGGACCAAUAUAUGAACAAUAACCAUGGGACCAGGGGUCGCGCAAAUCUAUCCCUGUUGAAGGAAGCAAUUCAAUUAUGUUGUUGAUGUUGUGAGGCGUUAGAUGGCAUAGUUUAGGUUUUGAUGAAAACCCAUAUACUGGCCAACCCCAAACUGAAUCUCUCACCUUUUAAUGUGAUGUAGUAAAUUGUCAGGCUUUUUAGAUUUUUCAAUUCAAGUUUCCAUUGCGAACAUUAAUAGCACUUGUAGAUCACAUUCCUUAAAAAGUGAAUCCAGUUUUGUUCCAGAUAUACUAUUUUUGUUAUUUGUAGCAUUCACUCCGGUUGGGUUCAGGAUAAUAUUUCAUAGCUCACAUAAUGGUACCAACUAUGAUCUUUGGCCUUUUUUUGCCUUUUCCUCAGACUAAUAUUUUAUGUGAGUAUUUCUUUGUCAGAAAUCAUGUUGCUUGAAAGGAAUCCUGUGUGAAUUUCCAACAGUAGUUUGGUAUUGCAGUGGAAUUGAUUAUUAGAAAACCAAAAGGUUCUAUAUUUGCUAUGCUCUCUGGGUGGCUGAACUUGAGGGAAAAUAGGGGUGUAAAUAAUGACAAUCAUAUUCUUGUGAAAUACUUGUAUUUAAAAAAAAUUAAUACCGCUGAAGUCCGUAAGUUUACAUACACUUAGGUUGGACUCAUUAAAACACAGUUUUGGCAAGUCGGUUAGGACAUCUAUUUUGUGCAUGACACAAGUCAUUUUUCCAACAAUUGUUUACAGACAGAUUAUUUCACUUAUAAUUCACUGUAUCACAAUUCCAGUGGGUCAGAAGUUUACAUACACUAUGUUGACUGCCUUUAAUCGGCUUGGGAAAUUCCAGAAAAUUAUGUCAUGGCUUUAGAAGCUUCUGAUAGGCUAAUUGACAUCAUUUGAGUCAAUUGGAGGUGUACCUGUGGAUGUAUUUCAAGACCUUUCUUCAAACUCUGUGCCUCUUUGAUUGACAUCAUGGGAAAAUCAAAAGAAAUCAGCCAAGAACUCAAACUUGUAGACCUCCAAGUCUGGUUCAUCCUUGGGAGCAAUUUCCAAAUGCCUGAAGGUACCACGUUCAUCUGUACAAACAAUAGUAUGCAAGUAUAAACACCAUGGGACCAUGCAGCCGUCAUACCGCUCAGGAAGGAGACGUGUGCUUUCUCUUAGAGAUGAACGCACUUUGGUGCAAAACGUGCAAAUCAAUCCCAGAACAACAGCAAAGGACCUUGUGAAGAUGCUGGAGGAAACGGGUACAAACGUAUCUAUAUCCACAGUCAAAUGAGUCCUAUAUCGACAUAACCUGAAAGGCCGCUCAGCAAGGAAGAAGCCACUGCUCCAAAACCGCCAUAAAAAAGCCAGACUACGGUUUGCAACUGCACAUGGGGACAAAUAUUACUUUUUGUCAUCUGGUCUGGUCAGAUGCUCUGGCCCCCCAAUGGUGGAACAAACUCCCUCACGACGCCAGGACAGCGGAGUCAAUCACCACCUUCCGGAGACACCUGAAACCCCACCUCUUUCAGGAAUAUCUAGGAUAGGAUAAAGUAAUCCUUCUCACCCCCCCCUUAAAAGAUUUAGAUGCACUAUUGUAAAGUGGCUGUUCCACUGGAUGUCUUAAGGUGAACGCACCAAUUUGUAAGUCGCUCUGGAUAAGAGCGUCUGCUAAAUGACUUAAAUGUAAUGUAAAUGGUCUGAUGAAACAUAAAUAGAACAGUUUGGCCAUAAUGACCAUCGUUAUGUUUGGAGGAAAAAGGGGGAUGCUUGCAAGCCGAAGAACACCAUCCCAACUGUGAAGCACGGGGGUGGCAGCAUCAUGUUGUGGGGGUGCUUUGCUGCAGGAGGGACUGGUGCACUUCACAAAAUAGAUGGCAUCAUGAGAAAGAAAAAUUAUGUGGAUAUAUUAAAGCAACAUCUCAAGACAUCAGUAAGGAAGUUAAAGCUUGGUCGCAAAUGGGUCUUCCAAAUGGACAAUGACCCCCAGCAUACUUCCAAAGUUUUUUGCAAAAUGGCUUAAGGACAAGAAAGUCAAGGUAUUGGAGUAGCCAUCAGAAAGCCCUGAUCUCAAUCCUAUAGAAAAUUUGUGGGCAGAACUGGAAAAAGUGUGUGCGAGCAAGGAAGCCAACAAACCUGACUCUGUUACACCAGCUCUGUCAGGAGGAAUGGGCCAAAGUUCACCCAACUUAUUGUGGGAAGCUUGUGGAAGGCUACCCAAAACAUUUGACCCAAGUUAAACAAUUUAAUGGCAAUGCUACCAAAUAUUGAAUAUCUGACCCCCUGGGAAUGUGAUGAAAGAAAUAAUUCUCUACUAUUAUUCUGACAUUUCACAAUCUUAAAAUAAAGUGGUGAUCCUAACUGACCUAAGAUAGGGAAUUCUAACUACGAUUAAAUGUCAGGAAUUGUAAAAAACUGAGUUACACCUUAUCCAAAUACAUUUUAUGUAAACUUCUGACUUCAACUGUAUAUGAUGGUUAUGCUAAAGAGCUCAUCCCCAUAUCCUCCCUGCUCUCUUCAGCCCCUGGAGAAUUUGUAUAAUGGACUAUUUCAGGGACCAGUUACACAAAACAAAGCAGAAGUCAUAUUUCCUCUCGUGCUGUUGCCGUUUUCAUAUGUAUCCUGGGUAGGGUUGCAGAAUUCUGGGAACUUUCAAUAAAUUCCCUGGUUUUCCUGAAAUCGUGGUUGGAGGAAUCCUGGAAUCAGGAAGGGCAUAAACAGGAAAUCUGGAAUCUUCCAAACAGGAUUUCUGGAAAACCUGGGAAUUCAUUGAAAGUUCCCAGAAUGUUGCAACCCUGGUCCUGUGUACAACUAGUCUCUGCUUAACCAGUGUUUCACAACCAGGUCCAACUUCCAUCAAAAUACAGGUCUGUGAUUGGCUUAACCUAGCAGAAGAGCCUAGAUCAGAUGCUGUUAUCUUGUGACAGUGCCAAAGGAGGGGAACAGGAUGACGUCGUCCUCUGGAAAGUGCUUUCUCUCAUUUUUAAUCUGUUGAAACUCCAUAACCAUUAGGCUAUGCAACGUCACUGCUUUUUAAUUUAUAAUGAAAUUGUUGUGGAAGAAAAAGUUUAAGACAUUGUCACUUUAAUGAUAAAGGAAUUAAAGAAUGAUUUAAAACCGGUCAUGGUCAUUUCAAGGUGUGAUGUAUUCAUGUUUUUGUUUUUCAAGAGUAUAUUGUAAUGCAAAUAUGUUCGUCAUAAUUAAAAGAGUUAAAGUAAAAUGUG